CAACUUUUGUAAUGUUGGUCAGUCAUGUAUGCUGUAAUCAAUUGAAAAUGCAAAUAUUGAUAACAGUAGGUAAAUUUCAUAAAUCCCCCAAUAUUCGGUACCAACAGCUAUUAAAAAUUAGCCAUGAGGCAUUUCAACAGAAGUCGAGUGAGAGAAAAAAUGUACCAAGUUAAUCAGAAUUUAAAACACGCAGUUUGGUUCCUGUAUGUGCUUGAUCUAAACAAACAUCACAACUACCUUUUGAGAGUCACUGUUAGAUGUAAACAAAUGUCAUUAGAGCCGCGAUAUGAAGAUUUUGAUAGUAGUGACCGAAGUUUUCCAUUGUUUAUAAACUAACCGGAGAAGAGUUUUGUGAUUAUUGGCGAUUACCAUGUCUGCCAAGUGGGAUAUAAACGAAAGACUGUACUGUUGCGUCGAGAAACGCGACCUGACAAAUGUUCUGAAGCUGUUGGACGACGGUGCCAAUGCGACGAAAGUGACCUCACACGGGCGCUCCGCCGUAGGCCAGGCAACGUUCAAGGGAUUCCCCGAAAUUCUGAAUGCUCUGAUGAAGUCCUGUGAGGAAGAAUAUGACUCCUAUGGAGGUGGUACCCCGAAAAGAGCCCGCACCGAACAAUCUAUAGAACGAACUCCCGAUGGAAUGGAUGGCCUACAAUGGGACGAUGAAAUCCAAUUGAAUGGAAAUACACCAGACGAUGAAUGGUCACAACUGUACAGAUACUAUGCCCGGAUGUUCGAACAAACGGGAGAAAUUCUAGCCAACACCGUUCGACUUAAAGACCCUCACUGCCUGGAUGCAUAUCACAAAGCACCCAUACACUAUGCUGCCGCUCUUGGUCAUGUUGAAUGUUUAGAAAUUUUAUUGGAACAUGGCUCACCUAUCGACGUUCCCACACAAAAUGGGGUUACACCUUUGCAUUUAGCGGUGAAAAGUCCAGCGAUAGUCGAUAUCUUGCUGAAAAAGAAAGCCGAUCCCAAUCAAAAGGCUUACAAUACAGGAGAGACCGCACUACAUGUUGCUGCGAGAAUGGCAGAUGACGUUCGUGUGGCGGAGCUCCUUUUAGCAGCUGGCGCGGAACUCAACGCCACGAAUUUCGCAGAGAGGACUCCAUUAAUGAUUGCUGCUCAAAGUCAAAAUUGGGAUAUAGCGUAUUAUCUGAUUGCGAAAAAUGCCCGAUUGAAUCUGCAAGAUCAUAAAGGCUACACGGCCCUUUACUUUGCAGCCGUCACAAACAACCUCUCCUUGGUCUCUUAUUUGGUUCAGUGUGGAGCACGUCUCUUUGUAACACAUUACCUCCUGCACUUCUGCGUUCGUAACAAUCUUCAACAAAUGGCAAAGCUACUAAUCGAUGCCGGUGAAAAUAUGAAUGUUCGUGAUUCCGCGGGCUGUACGCCACUUUUCCAUGCGAUUAAACAGUGCAAUGAGGAUAUGGUGGAAUUUUUAUUGGAGAAUGGAGCUCAAAGGUUCGGUCGUGAUGAUAAUGUGGUUCAAGAACUUCACGUUGCAGUACAAAAUGCUGACAGCGUAGAACAAUUUGCAAAAGUUGCACGUGUGCUAAUUACUUAUGGUGUUUCGAUAAAUGAUUAUAAUUAUUGGUGCGAAACGCCAACGAUGCUAGCGAUUAUGUUGGAUAAAUAUAAGAUAGCGGAAUUUCUUAUCAAAGAAGGCGCAGAAGUGAAUAAAGGACGGAGCGAGAAUAUUGUUGAUAAUUUUCUGUUGGCACGGCGUACAACGAAUCUGAAUUUGCUGAUAUUGCUUGUGAACGCCGGUCUCAAAUUAAAUCCUGUGCCACGUAAUUUAAAGCCGCCGCCUUGGAAUAAUAUCGAUACAGAUCUGGAGGACUGGUUAGCGUUCACAUGUAGUAAUCCACUUUCGUUGCAACAGCUCUGUCGUAUUCAUAUUCGAAACGUUCUCAUUCAAAACAUUCAUUCACACCUUGCGAAUUCACCUAGUUACAAUGAAUCAAGACUAUCGAAUUUAAUUCGACAAACAGGAUUACCACCAGCUCUUCAAAGGUACCUGCGUGAUUUCAACGAUCUGCCAGUUAUUUGAUCCGAUCGGAACCCAAUGAUACGAAGAAGUCUAGCCAGGUAUGAUUUUUGAACUUGAAUGUAAGCGGUAUGUUAAAUUAGGGAUUAUUAUUAUAAUGUAUUAUAGCAAUUAGGUAACUUGAGAAUAUUUGAGAGUUUUUGUAAAUUUAGAAUAUAUAUACAUAUAUUAAAUAUAUGGAAAUAGGAUACAUUGGGCAUCGUAGACUAUAAAUGAUUAUCUUUUCGAUGCGAUGAAGAGUCAUUGGCGUUAGUUUUUGAAAUUCAAAAUAGAAGCAAAUAGACGACGAUGGAUCAUAUUUGGAGUUUUUUUUUUAGUAGAUUUCAACAUCCUUCAAAUAUGUCUUUCAUUUUACCUUUGCGUUAAAUCUUUGCUGCACAUAUCUUUUUGUCCUAUAUAGGAGAACUUAUGUUACUUAUCGCAUCACAGUCAUUUUUCAAAUAGGCGAGAGACUGGCAGUAGGGAUCGGUCUUUGGAUGUCCUCAUAAAUAAUUUACCGGCGAGAUUUCUUUAAUUGACAUUUGAUUUAGAAUUAUCGUCUCUUGUUGAAUAAAGUCUUUAACAAAACUGAUGCUGAUAUUAUGAGUGUUAUUUGAUGCUUUCAUGUGAUGUUUCCAUACCUUUUUUGUAAAGUAUUCAUUCAUUAAACUAGUCAUACAUCUCCAAUUUAUUUUCACUUUUGAUUUAAUCAGUUACAUUAAAUAAUAAUUACAGAUAUUGUAAAUUGUCUACAAAGCCUUCCACAAUUUCUUGUUGAUAUGUAUCAUAAUGUAUAUUUCUAUUUUUUUGCAAAAUAUUAUAUAUAAAUAUAUAUUCAAACAGUAUUACAAAAAAAUUAAAAAUUCAUUAAAUUCAAUUUUUCAUUGCGAUAAAAUUCAUUCUAACAUUUCAAAUAAGCUUUAAGAAAAUAAUGGAAAAUAUUUUAGUAGAUAUUCAUAUAUUUAAAGAUGACAGCUAUGUUCAUUAGCAAAUAUUUAAGUGAGAUUUAUCGUUGAAAAAAAAAUAUGAAGGAAAUAAAGGCAGGAAUGUUAAAA